AUGGAUUUUUUUAACCGAACACCUAUCAAAAAUGAUAUCUUGAGUAUUAUUGGACACCUCAGUUCAAGGAAAAAAAACUCACAUCCUCUGUUCACUGGCAACCAUCUGAUCACGAGUUCCCGUGAAAUACGCCCUUCUACACUUCAUUUGGACGAAUCACAUAGUUUUCAUUUUGAGCAGGAAAAAUCUGAUAUAGGAAAAAAUUCGUCGUUCAUUGUAGAAAAUACCAGCGCACCUUCUAGUAAAGAGUCACCAAUGCAAGCACUUUUAAAGACUAACUCGCAUUGUAAUUCAAGUAUCCUGGGAAACUCCUACUGUAAAAGUAACAACUUCAGUGAUUAUGAAUCUUUAAACUUCUUUGAACCAAAGACAACUCAGGCAGUUUCCAGUGAUGAUCUCAUUGCACAAUCAUCCGCACUAACUACAUCAGUCCUCAAAUAUAACGUUGAUACAAGUACCAAAGAGAAUUUUAUCCCUGGUGAUAGCGACGAUAAUUUCUUUACAACGUUUCUGGAAUCCUCCAAAGCUGACGUAGAGAAGUCAAUUUCUAGUAGUCACUCAAAUAAAUCACUUGAUCAGACAGCUAAUCGUAGUUCUAACAAUAUCAAAUCACAUGCUAGCAGUAGUGAUGAUGAUGAUGCAUUUGAAAACUUUUUGAAAUCCCAGCAAACCAAGAUGAACAAAAUUGAGGUUAAUCAAUUCAGUGAAUGGUCAUCUUGGGAUUCUGAUGACGAUGAUAGGUCGAGUUGUGAUUCGCCAUAUCAAACGUUUUACUACAGAGUCAACAACAAGUUGCAUUUGUCUGAUACCACAAAAUUACCAUCAAGAUCGUCAGAAUCGAAACUUUCUGAUUCAAAGAAAAAAUAUGUUGUUCCAGAUAGAAAAACUCAGUCACGUGCUGUUCAAAUUUCAAAGUAUCCGAAUAUUUCCAAAUACCAGAAAGUUUCAUAUAAGAUAGAACAGCGUAAUUCGCAAUGUGUAUCUACGGAGGAAUUCGUUUAUUCUCUUUAUCCAGUUGACAAUAAUGAUAACAGGCAGCAGACAUCACACGAGAAACUUCGUCAUCCUGAUGCGUUAAAAUUUGUUCAAAAGUUUAAGCCAAAUCGAUCUGAAUUAGCUGAAAAAUUAUAUCAAAUUUACAAUGAAAAGAUAUUUUCUAACCAAUUACCACCAAAGUUAGAGAUUAUAUGGAGUCGUCGACUAUUGAAAACUGCUGGUCUUUGCAAGUACAUGAUGCGUACAUCCACUCAUUCGGACGGAACAUCUAAUCAGGUUCGUAUCGCUCAGAUUUUGUUAUCGGAAAAAGUAUGCACCACAGCUGAGCGCGUUCGCGAUACUCUGCUGCACGAGAUUUGUCACGCUGCUGUUUGGUUGAUUAAUGGUUUAAAUGAUGGUCAUGGACGACAUUGGAAAUCUUGGGCUAACCGUGUUCAUCGAGUUUGGCCAAAGCUGCCUGUGGUUUCUGUUUGUCACGCAUAUACAAUUGAUACACGAUUCACAUAUCGAUGCACAGGGUGUGGUGUAUGUAUUAAUCGACAUAGCAAAUCUUUAGAUAUUACUAAAAAGAUUUGUGGUCAUUGUCGUUCGAAGUUUGAAUUACUCAUUAAUACACCUAAAGGUCGUAUGCUUCGACCCAGUUUAGCUGCACAGUAUGAUAAACGUCUUCUUCCGCAUUGUUCUUCCAAUAAUGUAACUAAAAUGCCUUGUGAACUGGAAAAGUAUCAGUUGUCUAAAACUCCAGAUGAAAGUAAUCGAAAUCAUAAUGUUGAAGAUGGACUAUCAUAUAUGUUCAGGGACUUACGUGUUAAUUGA